AUGAAACUGCUUCUGUUUGUGCUCUUAUAUUUGUAUGUAAUAAGCCUUGUAGAUGGUACUGACUUCGCACCACCAAUAAAUCUUAUAAGACGUCUGAAAAGACAAUUUCCGUAUGGAGGCUACGGAGGUUAUGGUGGUUAUGGAGGCUAUGGAAGAGGAGGUGGCUUUGGAGGAUAUCCUUCUAUCUAUAAUCCAUACGGUGGCGGUUUCGGCGGUAAUUACGGCGGCGGUUACGGUGGUGGUUAUGGAGGCGGUUAUGGCUCUGGCUACGGCGGUUAUGGCUCUGGCUACGGCGGUUACGGCGGUUUUGAAAGAUACGGCAGUGGUGAACUGUAG